GUUCUGCUCUGUCGGUAUCACAGUUCUGUGCUGAGCCGCUGCCACCGCCAUGUCUCCGCCUCCAUCCGAGGAUUCACCACACAGACCACCAGGUCCUCCCCCUGGCGAUGGCCCCGAAUUCUGUGGCUGGGCUCUCUGCUUGGGGCCCCGUCGGUUGGGGUCCUGGCUUAUUACACAUUGGAUGGACCUAAGAGGAGAAGGAUGAGGAUAUUGGCGCAGGGCGCCCUCCGCUUCUGCAGGUCUCUGAAGGUCGGCACCCACAUAUCCAUAGAUUACUGGUGGACCAGAAAUGUGACCUUGCGGAAGGAGGACGAGAACAGUCCGCUGCACCAGGCCGUCAUGUCUCAGUGUCACCAGCGGACGGCGGACAGACUGGUGGACGGGGCCCUGCUGAACGGGGGUCUCUACAUCAAACUUGGGCAAGGUCUGUGCACGUUCAACCACCUCCUGCCGCCGGAGUACAUCGCAACGCUGCGGGUGCUGGAGGACCAGGCUCUGCCGCGGAGGGCCAAUGAGGUAAACGAGAUCCUGCUGGAAGAUUUCGGUGAACCCGCUGAGAAGCUCUUCCAAAAAUUUGACCAACAGCCGAUGGCAGCGGCAAGUCUAGCCCAGGUGCACCGCGCCACCUUACAUGACGGGACGGAGGUGGCUGUGAAGGCCCAGUACAUUGAUCUCCGAGAUCGCUUUGAUGGGGAUAUUAAGACUCUGGAGUGGCUCCUCCGUCUCAUCGAGUUCAUGCACCCCAAGUUUGGGUUCAGUUGGGUUCUGAAGGACCUGAAGCACACAUUGGCGCAGGAAUUGGACUUUGAGAACGAGGGGCGGAACGCUGAGCGAUGUGCAGAAGAUCUUAGGAAUCUCCCGUAUGUCCUCAUCCCCAAAGUACACUGGAAGUACACCAGCAAGCGGGUGCUGACGGCGGAUUACUGCGAGGGCUGUAAAGUCAGCAGUGUGGACGGGAUCAGAAAGCAAGGCCUGGAGCUGAAAGAUGUGGCGGAGAAGGUGAUAAAGGUCUUUGCUGAGCAAAUUUUCUUCACGGGAUUCAUCCACGCCGACCCCCACCCCGGAAACGUUCUGGUGAAUGUAGGGACAGAUGGGAAGGCGCGGCUGGUUCUCCUGGACCACGGACUGUAUGAGUUCCUGAGUCAGCGGGAUCGAACGUCGCUGUGUAAACUCUGGAGGUCCAUUGUUCUGAGGAAUCAUCCGGCUAUGGCGGAGCACUCGGCAGAGCUCGGGGUGAAAGAUUACUUCCUGUUCUGUGAGAUUCUGCUGCAGCGCCCCCUGUCCCUCACCGGAACGCUGAGCAGCGCCCUGACACGGGAGGAGACCCAGUACAUGCAGGACAUGGCCAAGGAGCAUUUUGAUGACAUCAUGAGAGUCCUCCGAGCGCUGCCACGCCCCAUGCUGCUGGUAUUUCGGAAUCUUAAUACGGUGCGGGCCCUAAAUAUUGGACUGGGGGCCCCAGCAGAUCGAUAUCUACUCAUGGCCCGCAGCGCGGUGCGAGCGUGGAGGCGUCUGGCAAAGCAGAAUUCCUCGGGGAUCACACGCUGGGUGUCCGUGAUGUGGGAACAUUUGAAGUUUGAGGCAUCUCUCAGGUUGGACAGCUUCAUGCAGCGUUUCACCUUCUUCAUCAUCCGUCUUUUCAUCCGCUUCAACUUCCUCGCUGAUAACGAGCAGAUUCGGCAGUUCCUUCAGUCAUAGAUGGUGCUACAGGGACCUCCCGCCACAGAAUCGGCUACUGAACCUCCAGCCGGAUAUCUGGACUGGGUGCAGAGGCUGGAUACCACAUUUUGCCAAAGCUGCCACCAAUGCCAAUUAAACCCGUUUUGCCAAUGUCUUUCGAGACGCCGGACAAAGCCAAAUCCAGAACUUCCAGAACCUCGUCCGAGGACAAUGUGUACAUCGAGAACUUUAGAACGAAAGGCAAAUGAUGGACCUUACUUUGUAAUGGCAUGUAGCUCCAGCUGGGGGCAGACAUUGGAGGGAUGGGAUGCUGGGAGCACCAGGACAGUGAUGGAGGGUAAAGUCACAUGUAAAUAUCUGGUCCUUCGAGAACUUUUCAGGUCUGCAGAUCCCUCCAAUAAUAAGAGAGCUCCAUGUUUUGAGUAGAUCAGAGUCUCUUGUUGAGUUUUAUGCAGAGAUGGCCAGACACCAGCUUGGUCGGGCACCACGGGGCUCAUAGUGGCAUGGUGGGGCUUGUUCUCUAUGACUCGGGUAUUGCAUAGCUUGUUCCCUCUGGCUCGGUUAGGCACAAUGGAGCUUGUUCUCUCUGGCCCACUUGGGCGCCCCCAGGGCUCAUUCUCUUUGACUCAGUCAGGCAUGACAGACUUUUUUUUCUCCAGCCCGGCAUAAUGGAGCUUGUCCUCUCUGACCUAGCUGGGCACCCUAAGGGCUCCUUCUCUCUGGCUCAGCUCAGUAUGGUGGAUACUGUUUGUUUUCUCUCUGGCCCAUUUGGGCGCCCCAGGGCUCAUUCUUUGUAGCUCAGUUGGGCACUCCAGGGCUCCUUCUCUCUGACUCAGCCCAACAUGGUGGACACUGUUUUCUCAUUGGCCCAAUUGGGCACCCCCAGGGCUCAUUCUUUGUAGCUCAGUUGGGCACUCCAGGGCUCCUCUCUGUCUCAGCCCAGCAUGGUGGACACUGUUUUCUCUCUGGCCCAAUUGGGCGCCCCAGGGCUCAUUCUUUGUAGCUCAGUUGGGCACUCCAGGGCUCCUUCUCUCUGGCUCAGCCCAGCAUGGUGGACACUGUUUUCUCGUUGUCCCAAUUGGGCACACUUUCUUUAGCUCAGUUGGGCACUCCAGGGCUCAUUCUCGGUCAAGUAUGGUGGAUAGUGUUUUCUCUCUGGCCCAUUUGGGUGCCCCCAGGGCUUGAUCUCUUUGGCUCAGCCUGGCAUGGUGGAGCUUGUUCUCUCCUGACCUAGUUGGGCUCCUUCUCAGUCAAGCAUGGUGGAUACUGCUUUCUCUCUGGCCCAUUUUUGCACCCCAGGGCUCGAUCUCUUUGGCUCGGCUUGUUUUUUGUGGCCUAGCUGGGCAGCCUAAGGGCUCCUCUUCUCCGGCUCAGUCAAGCAUGGUGGAGACUGUUUUCUCUCAGGCCCAAUUG